AUGAGGAAUCUUGUCGGCAGAGUGAAGAACCUUGUCCUCAGAGUGAAGAUCCUUGUCCUCAGAGUGAAGUAUCUUGACCUCAAAGUGAGGAACCUUGUCCAGAGUGUGAGAAACCUUGUCCUCAGAUUGAAGAACCUUGUCCUCAGAGUGAGGAACCUUGUCCUCAGAGUGAAGAACCUUGUCCUCAGAGUGAAGAACCUUGUCCUAAAAGUGAGGAACCUUGAACUCUGAGGACUCUGAGGACCCUUCCUUCACUCUGUGGACAAGGUUCUUCACUCUGAGGACAAGGUUCUUCACGCUGAGGACAAUGUUCCUCACACUGAAGACAAGGUUCUUCACUCUGCGGACAAGGUUCCUCACUCGGAGGACAAGGUUCUUCACUAUGAGGACAAGGUUCCUCACUCUGGAGACAAGGUCCUUGACGCUGAGGACAAGGUUUUUCACCAUGAGGAGAAUGUUCCUCACACUGACGACAGGGUUCUUCACUCUGAGGAAGAGGAUCUUCACCAUGAGGAGGAGCUUCUUCACUCUGAGGACAAGGUUCUUCACGCUGAGGACAAGGUUCUUCACCCUGAGGACAAGGUUCUUAACACUGAGGAGAAGGUUAUUCACUCUGAGGACAAGGUUCUUCACUCCGAGGACAAGGUUCUUCACUCUGAGGACAAGGUUCCUCACACUGAAGACAAGGUUCUUCAAUCUGAGGACUAGGUUCCUCACACUGUGGACAAGGUUCCUCACUUUGGGGACAAAGUUCUUCACUAUGAGGACAAGGUUCUUCACUCUGAGGACAAGGUUCUUGACGAUGAGGACUAGGUUUUUCACCCUGAGGACAAGAUUCCUCAAACUGAGGACAAGGUUCUUCACUCUGAGGACAAGGUUCCUCACACUGCGGACAAGGUUCCUUAUUUUGAGAACAAGGUUCUUCACUAUGAGGACAAGGUUCUUCACUCUGAAGACAAGGUUCUUCACACUGAGGACAAGGUUCUUCGCCCUGAGGACAAGGUUCUUAACACUGACGACAAGGUUCUUCACUCCGAGGACAACGUUCUUCAAUCUGAGGACAAGCUUCCUCACACUCCGGAAACGGUUCUUCAAUCUGAGGACAAGGUUCUUCACUCUGAGGAGAAGUUUCUUCACUCUGAGGACAAGGUUCUUAACUUUGCGGGCAAGGUUCCUCACUCUGAGGACAAGGUUCUUCACUAUGAGGACAAGGUUCUUCACUCGGAGGACAAGGUUCUUCACGCUGAGAACGAGGUUUUUCACACUGCGGACAAUUUUCCUCACACUCAGGACAAGGUUCUUCACUCUGAGGACAAGGUUCUUCACUCAUAG